AUGGUCGGAUUAUACGAGUUUAGGUCGAGAUAUGAGGCCGUCAAGGCUGUUGAGACGGACAAGGAUAAGAUUAUUGAGGACUUGAUGGAUGAGGUCAAGCGUCUGCAAGAAGCUCUCGAUUACGAGAAAGAAGAAAUGGACAACCAGAGAACGCUUGUUCAAGCCAUCAAGUCGAAUGCCAAGAUGUAUCAAUCCGAGGUAGCGGAGAUGAAACGCAUCCAAGCGAAACUCAGUUUUGUAUCGGUACUCGUGGAUGGUGAUGGUAUGAACUUCAACGAUGAAUUUAUCCAAGAUGGACAAAAAGGAGGACGCUCAGCUGCCCGACUUCUGAUUCAAAAAGUUGAACAAUACAUCCAAGACCUCCAUCGCAAUGAAAGCUCGAGUGUUCAGUAUCGGAUUCGUGUCUACGCGAAUGUCCGCGGACUGGCGAAGACGUACCGUGAUACCAAUAUUAUAUCCGAAGAAGCCAUGUUGGCCUCCUUCAUUCAGGGAUUCAAUAAGGAAGAUGUGCGGUGUGAUUUCGUGGAUGCAGGCGAUGGAAAGGAAUGUUCCGAUGUCAAGAUUCGAGCCCAAUUCGAGCAAGACAUCAUCGACGUACACUGUCUCCACAUUCUAUUCUGUGCAUCAGCCGACAACGGCUACGCCCGGGUCUUAGGACCAUAUCGCAACACGAAGGACCAGAUCACUCUAGUCGAAGGACCGCCCUUCGCACGAGAGAUCAAAGAACUCACAUCUUCAUUCUCAACAACCUCCUUCCCCGAACCACAGCCACAGGCCCAGACACUCCCAUCUCGAACUAUGCUUCAAUCGUACGAGCCUGUACCUCCCGUCCUCAAGACAACAAUUCUCCCUGCUCCUCCCCCUUUCCCUCUCCCACAACGCCGUCCGGCCCAAACACAAAAUACAAGUCUAAACUAGCCGUGUGCAGAAACGCCCAGGGUCACCGGGUAGACAGCCCAAUCCACUUCUCGACGCGAGCAAACAUAGAGGCUCUCAAACAGCAAAAAUUCUGCAACCAGUAUCAUAUCCUGGGCUCUUGUUCAUAUGGCGAGGGAUGUACGCAUAAGCAUGGUCAAAGGUUGGUGGAUCAGGAUGUCAUUGAUCUGAAGUAUAUUGCGAGGUUUAGUGCUUGUAGUCGAGGGUUGGAGUGUGAGGAUGAGACCUGUACGAGUGGACAUCGGUGUAUACAGAGGAGUUGUCCUGGGGCGGCGUCUGGGUGUAAAUUUGGGCCAGAGAUGCAUGGGGUUGAUACGAAGAUUGUGACUGUUAUUUGAGUGAGUGUAUUAGGAGAUGGAUUAGGGUAGUGAGUUCGUACGGGGGAUUGGCCAGACUGAUUUUCUGUUGUUUCCACUGUUCAUAAGAGGUCAUGGGAGAAUGGCA